UUCCCACUUCUCCUUUUCUGUGUUCUCUCUCGCUCUUCCCCCCGUUAUUUAAGGGGACAUUACACACAUGGAUGUGUGUAAUAAGAGCGCAGCAAACACACCCAGCUCACCAUGGUUUCUCAGAGGCAUGCAGAAAAAGCAGGGGGAGUUUCAGGCUUGGAGGACUCCAUGGCGGGGGAAUUGAGGGGAAAUUGAUUGUGCAAGUUCGCCCUCAAACAUCUGCAGAGUAAAUAUGACAGAAUCACAGUGUGUCCCUGAAGCCUGUGCAAACUUCCUGCUAAUGACCUGCCCGUCAUCGUGGCUGCUGUUUUAAUCACACUCCCCUUCUCUCGUGUCUCUAGGUGCGUUUAGAAAUGUUUAACCGUGAUUAAAGUUAUUUUGCAUAUUCUGAGGCCACGUGAGCCUUUCACCCUUUAAGUCUCUUCAUUUAAAGUUUCACACACACACAUAAAAGAGAAUUACAUGGGGUUUUCCGUGGUGAAUGCAGCAGUGGGUGGCUCAUUCGUCCUCUUCCUGCCCUUCCUGCUUUCAUUGUGGAGUCGAGGGGGUGAUAUUGAACUUCAGGCUUGGAGUUGAGCCUGCUCUGCGGACGCAACCCCAGCCCCCUGAUCACAGGCAGAGAAAGGACAUAAUGUGAGCGCGGCUCUGGACAGGAAGAAGCCGAGUGCAAGCGCUGGGUGGAGAUGGCCAGAGACACAAAAUAAAAGGGACGGGAGAAUACAGAUGGGUGGGGGUGCAUGCGUGUUUGUUUGGAUGGGUGUGUGCACUUGUUUUCCCUGUGCUCAGUCCACGUCGGUGCAGUUUGCUGCUCGUCCGGAACCCGUGUGGAGCAUCUGCUAAUGUAUUCUGCAGUCAGCGCUCAGACGGCUGCCAGCAGUCGGCAGAGUGUUUUUGUGUGCACGGGGGUGAAAGACGGGAAGCAGGAGGAAAAGACAGGUUGAUUAACAUGGCUGUGUAUGCACCGCAUUCUCCACAUAAUGAACAGCUCCAGAUUUUCCCUGCUUGGUAAAUAUUUGAUGACCGAGCGGCAGCAGAGUGAUUUUAGUCGAAUAACAGCGGAGUCCUUUAAGCUGCAGGGAAACGGCUCAAAAGUUGUAUUUCAAGCCCCUCGUUCCCUUGUCCUCUUCCCAUGUAAAUAAGGCCAACUCCCCCUAACUCCACACACCCCUCUGAGGCAGUUUAAAGACCCAACACUGUCUCCUUGUCUCCUUGACAACCAGCAUACACUGGGGUCCUGUCGUGGCCUCUCUGUCUUUUGUGUUUGGGAGCUCAGAGAGACAGAAAGAAAGCAAGAGGGAGCGAGCGGAGUGGAAGCAGAGGAUGAAAACAAGAGUUGCUGAAAAAGAUAACAAAGAUGACAUCACAGCUAUUUUGUCCCACAACUGGGAAAUUGGUUUAUAGCCCAGUGAUGAUGAUGAUGAUUAGCCAGAGGCACAAAAUGGGUGGCAUCGCUGUCUGAGAGAGGGAGAGAGAGAGCGAGAGAGACAGAGUGGGAGAGGGAGAGAGGCCCAGGGCUGAAUGGGGCAUUGUGGGAAAGACAGUGGGCACACUGGGCAGUAACACAGAGAACACUAACUCACAGAUCAUGCCAGAGAGUCUGAAAACACCCACACUGGGCAACAAUGGCAAACUUCAUCGCUCCACUUGGCCCCUUCUGAAUACACACAUACAAAGGCAGGAUCCAAAUAAGAUGCUCUGUUAUUCGUGAAAUUCAACACACUAAAUUCCUUCAGUGGCUCGGUCCCUUUGACCGGCGGCAGAUGGACGCGACCGAGCCGAGCCGCGUGAAUGUGCACGUACGUGUGCGUGUUGUGUGGUCUCGUCCCCCUGUUGCAUCAUGGGUAAGCACCCCGCAUGCAUGAGCGGCGUAAGCGCACAUUUCAGGGCCUCACGGGGGUCACGUGGAAGCCGUCGAAAGCUGCUGUGCCUCGGUUUAAGCAUCCACUCUGAGUCAUGCACGUCCAACCUGUGUCUGUGGUGAAAACAUUCAACUAUGUCAAUGAGUGAAACCCGAUUAGACCAGAGCAGCAGAACCAACAGGUCCGACUGGUCAGAGUCAGCUCUCUGCUGCCUCCCUGUGCAUCAUGUGAGGACAUUCACCAUUUGUUCCAAAGCCAUGGUUGUAAUAACGUAAUAACACUAAAUAAGGUAUUGCUGUGUUCUCAACCUCUCUGUAUAAUAUCCUGUGUUAAACUGUGACUUGAGCUGUGGUGAUGGAUAAAACUUAUUCAGUGUUUUUAAUGGCCUCCCUGCUUAAGUUUAAACAAGCAACAGACUAAAACACGAACUUUUGAAGUGGAAAACAUUUUUCCAAUAUCACUUCAUUAAUACACAAAUAAUUUAAACUUGAAUCAAAACUUGCAAAUGACUAAGUCAAAUCCGCUUGUGAUUUUCUAGGUUUACGACAGUUUGACGUCACUUCCGCUUUACGGCAGAGCGUGUUGCUGUAGGUCAGGAGCCUGAUACAGGGGCGAGCUUGGUCAUCUGUCGUGAAAACCAACACUUUCAGUCGAAACCUUCACUCAAGGCUCGCUGCUUCAGUUGCCAGGACAGCGUCCGUUGCUGGUUUUUAGUCCAGCGACCUGUCCUUCAGCCGUUUGCGUCACAUUUCGAGUGUUUGCACACUUGCUAGCGUUAGCCACGCCGCUCGCCUAGCAUCUGCGCCUGGCCCCGGUUUUCGCCAGGUGACUCCUCGGAUACUUUCUAAGCAUGGACAACAACUCUCAAAGGUCUGGGGGCGUGAGAGGAGGUCUCGGGAGUCUCUUUGGCGGCGGGGCACCUGAAUACUCCAACACAGAGCUGGCCGGUGUCCCACUGACCGGAAUGAGUCCUCUGUCCCCGUACCUCAAUGUUGACCCUCGCUACCUGGUUCAGGACACAGAUGAGUUCAUUCUUCCCACGGGCGCUAAUAAAACAAGAGGAAGGUUUGAACUGGCUUUCUUCACUAUUGGAGGCUCCUGCAUGACAGGAGCAACACUUGGAGCUUUGAAUGGUCUCAGAAUGGGCCUGAAGGAGACCAGAGACAUGGCUUGGUCCAAACCGCGUAACGUACAGAUUCUGAACAUGGUCACCAGACAAGGUGCUUCAUGGGCCAACUCUCUGGGCUCCGUUGCUUUGUUGUACAGCGCUUUUGGUGUGGUGAUCGAAAAGGCCCGAGGAGCCGAAGAUGACAUCAACACGGUGGCAGCUGGGACGUUAACUGGGAUGCUUUUCAAGUCGGCGGGUGGAUUAAAGGGUGUGGCUCGUGGAGGUCUGGCUGGUUUGGCCUUGUCUGGUGCCUACGCUCUCUACAACAACUGGGACCACCUCACUGGCUCCCCCUCCUCCUCAUCAAGGCUUUACUAACCUCUACUUUAGGGCCUUUACGUCCUCUACUUUAGGGCCAAAUAUAUCACCAGGACACAACUUUUAAUCACAGCACUGUGUGCUUUUCACGGACGCUUGAGGUGGCCCCAGUUUGCUGGUUUGCCUCCAGAAGACUUUUUCAAUCCAGGAGCAUUUUGGGAAAGAAAAGAAGUGGUGGAAAAGGCCAGAUGCAACAUUCAUUACAGAAGUCGUCUUAGAUGCUUGUGUUGCAAUAACAAACCCAUGGUUUGGGUUAAAAAAGGCCAAUUUGUAAAAUAACUUAUGACAUUUAAUGUUAGGAUGUAUCCACUGAAGUCCACCAGUCGCUUUUGGACUGAAACACUCUUCUGUUGAAGAAGAGUAAAGUUUUCAACUUAAAUGGAUGGAAGUGAAACAAAGCCUUAUGGUCACUUCUGCUCUUGUAUUUAUUGAAGCUUGUUUCCAGUGGGUUUCGUUUUACUGUGCAGGAGUCACUGUAAAUCUGUACUAGUGUUAAUGUUUGUCUCCAUCAAGCCACUGAAAAAAACUGUAAUAAAAACAGGAAAUGUUGACAAAA